AUGACAACAACUUUGGAAACUAACAUUAGUCAAUUCAGCAACUUAUCCUUCGAUGACGAUGAUGAAAAAAAUGCUAGCUGUAUCUCCUUGCAAUCACAAAAGUAUCAUCAAGAAUGGAAAGAACUCAAACGAACACCAAGUAACCGAAGUGCCUAUAGCCAAAACAGUGGAUACCAAAGCAAAUUAUCUUCUUCGAUUGAUCUUUCCUCUGUGCCUCCUUCUUUUGGUUCUCGAUUAUGGCAAUCUGAAAUGGAAUCUCUUUUAAAGCAAAUGUAUACAUCUAUUCGACAUCGACAAAUCGUACAUCCUACAACCAAAUGUGAUACUAGUAAUGAAGUCCAAGGAUAUAGAAGAAAAAGUAUCAAUGGUCAUCGGUAUGGUGCGUUCAAACGAAAUGUUGGCAAUAUGAUGUGGAAGGCUGCAAGGGAUAGUCUCUUUCUUAGUGAAAACAAUAUUUUGGAUUAUUCUCAACCACUGACACCAAGAUCUACUGUCUCUUCCAUGUCCAGUAGCUUUCCAAGGAGAAGAUCUAUCUCUUAUCACGCAGUCGCAUCUUUACUACAUUACCCUGAUUUACCAACGUCUUACACUAGUGCAGCACCUUAUUACAAAGAAGGCAUGAUUGUUCGGAAGCAUUUACUUGAACAGGCAAAUCACAAGGCACGACAAAGGGAUUGGAAGGAAUGUUUUAUGGUAGUUGAUCGUGGAGAAAUACGCAUGUAUCGUUUAGAAAGCUAUGGACAACGCAGAAAAAAUACAGCGGCAUCUUCUCGUCUUCAUCCUCUUCAAAAUAUGGUGAGUCGGGGUAGUAGUCUAGCUACAGUAUCUGAAUCUAUUUCCUCUUGUGAUCAAUCCUCUAUGACUUCUGAUACGGUUCUUGGUGGUGGUGACUGGAUGGCUCAUGCUCAAUUGAUAGGAGAAAUUGAUUUGAAACAUACAUUAUCCAAUGCUUUACCAUCCGGUUAUAGCCGUCAACGACGACAUGCGUUUGCUCUUCAACAAGCCAAUGGCGGUGUUUAUUUAUUCCAAGUUGGAUCAGAAGAACAAGUGAUGGAAUGGGUGGCAACAUGCAAUUAUUGGGCUGCUCGUGAAAGCAAGGAGCCGUUGAUGGGUGGUGUUGGCAAUUUAGAAUAUGGUUGGGGUGCAUGUUUACAAGGUAUGGAUGAUGACGAAGAUGAUAAGAAUAAUGAUGCUGGAACAUCCUUUACUGUAUAUCAAUGGCAACCUCCUGUCCCUCCUCUUAUGGCAAGCAGUCUUGGAGAAAUGGCCCAACUAGAUGCUUUGGUACAACAUAUCAAGACAUUGAAUGAAGAAUUAGACCGUCAUCGGGAUUUAAAGAGAAAAAUGGAACAAAAGUUUUGUCGUAAAACAUCCAAUCAAGUAUGUGCUAUGGCCAAUUUUGAAAAUAAGACUCAAUAUCUUCUUCAUGAAAUCAUUAAAUACCAAAACUAUUGUGAUUCUAUUGAAAAAUCUUUAGCUUUGCAGGACAAGGCGAUCCAAGAACAACAAGUUUAG